ACCCAAACACAAAUGCGGAUGCUUCAGACAGCAGGCGCCCAAGAGCCAUGAUGUCGUCGCCGCCGUCGUCCUCCCUCCGUGACCUGCUCGCGCGGGAGCGCACCGAGGUCGAGGCGCUCCCCGCGCCGCACCAGCGGGCCGCUCGGUGGCUGCAGCGAGCGGCGUCGAGGUCGAGGUCGAGCAGGCACGCCUCGCUGCCUCCGGAAGAGGCGGGGGUCGGUGCCAGCGGCGACGACGGCGCGGUUGACGCGGUGGUGGCAGUGCUUUCCGGGUACGCCGGGAGGUUCCUCAAGGACUCCGAGUUCCGGCGGGGGCUCCGGGAGAAGUGCGCCGCGUGCCUCGCGCCGGCCGCGGAGGGGUCGGCGCGGCGCGAUGGCGCAGGGCACGCCGUGCUGGCCAACCUCGAGCUCGGCAUCGAGAGCAUCGAGCGCCUCGCCGCCGACGGCGCCGCCCAGGCUCCGCGCGACGCCAAGAUCCGCUCGCUCCGCAACUCCAUCCGUCUCCUCAGCGUCGUCGCCUCGCUCCACGCGCCGCGCCCCGUCGCCGCGGCGGGGCGCGCGGAGGGCCGCACCUGCGGGGUGCCCAACUCCCACCUCGCCGCUUGCUCGCAGCUCUAUCUCUCCGUCGUUUACAAGAUGGAGCGCAGCGACCGCGUCUCCGCGCGCCACCUGCUCCAGGUGUUUGUCGACGCGCCCUCCCUUGCGCGCAAGAACCUCCUCCCGGACCUCUGGGACCACGUCUUCCUUCCCCAUUUGCUCCAUCUCAAGGUAUGGUUCACCAAGGAGGCCGACCUCGCUGCCGACUGGGGCGCCGACGACCGGAGCAAGAGGAUGAAGAGCCUGCAGAGGCUCUACAAUGAUCAUAUGGACAGUGGCACGGUUCAGUUUGCAAUGUACUACAAGGAGUGGCUCAAGUCAGGGGCCGAUGCGCCUCUUGUCCCCUCCGUGCCAUUGCCUUCGAUGCCUGGGAAUUUUGAUGCCUGCGAGAAGCACUCGGCAUCGGUACGCAGGACCUCAAUCAACAGAAACCUGUACAAUGCGGUUUUCGGCACAGCACUCGAGCAGGAAGAUGUCAAAGACGAAAAGCUGGACGAUGAGACUGAAUUGAUUUUGGAUUUGGAUGUAGAAUUGAAUGAUAAUUCAGUGAGCUUGAAGACGGAGAAGCUUGCUCAUGUUUUAUUAUCUUCACAGAAAAGCGAGCAAUUUUUCAUUAAUUCUGAUUUACAGAGAAGACAGAGUAAAAUGGGGCUCCAAGAAAAGCAUUCCCGCUCUCGGAAAGAAGGCUCUAUUCCAGAAACAGCACCUACACCACGGAAAUCCUACUCUUUUCGGCUAUUCACCUGUCAGGGAGAUCUGAGCAGGAAAGUUAUCAAUCAUCCUAAAAUAGUAAAGAAGGAAGUUGUGUCUGUCGAGGAAGAGCUAGAUAGCAACGAGCUAACAAUGACUCUAGAACGAGCAAUAUCCGUGGUAUCCAAUUCAGACAGUCUUAGGCAGUGUGAGUAUGCUGUGCAUGAAGUUGCCAGAGCAUGUUCAACCUUGCAAGGGGAUCCUAAUCUUGUAACCUGGCUGUCAUGUCCUUCUUUUAUUCAAGGGCUUCUCGAGGUUACAUUCACCUCAAAAGAUGAUGCUGUACUGGAGUCAGCUAUCUUGAUAAUGGGAAAGUUAGUUUUGGGAAAUGAGGUGAUCAGACAGAUUAUGCUUAAUGCAGAUCCACAGCUUGAGGUUUUCUUGAGACUUCUGAGAAGCAACGAGUUGUUCCUGAAGGCAGCUGUAGUGCUUUAUAUGAUGAAGCCUAAAGCUAAGCAGAUGCUAUCAUUGGACUGGAUACCGCUAGUACUGCACAUAUUGGAGUGCGGUGACGAGGUGCAAUUUCUGUGUUCUGUGAAAUGCGCGCCAAAAAUAGCUGCAUUCUAUUUCCUAGAUCAGCUCCUUAUGGGGUUUGAUGUCGACAGAAACAUUGAGAACGCAAAGCAGAUGAUUGCUCUAGGUGGUCUGGACUUGCUCAUGAGCAGGCUUGAAGUUGGUGAUGCCUGUGAGAGCAAAAUCUGUGUCUCUCUCUUGACCUCAUGUAUUCAAGCUGAUGGCACUUGUCGACACUACCUAGCUGAUAAUCUGAAGAAGGACCCUAUUGUUCGACUUCUUGCUGGAAAUCACAACAAGGCUAGUGCUGCAGCCCUUAACAUGAUGAGUGAACUGGUCUGCCUUAAUAGAACUACCAAAAUUGUGGAGUUCCUCAAGGAGCUGAAAAAUAGUGGCUGCUUAAAUACAAUGCAUAUUCUGUUGGUCUAUCUCCAGCAGGCUCCUCUUGUCCAACAACCGCUAGCAGCUGCCAUGUUACUUCAGCUUGAUCUCCUGGGAGAUCCUUCGCAGUACAGUGUUUACAGAGAGGAAGCGAUUGAAGCUAUGGUAGCUGCUCUCGAGCACGGUUCGCAGAGCAGAAAGGUCCAAGAACAGUGUGCUCGAGCUCUUCUGAUCUUGGCAGGACGGUUUUCAGCCUCAGGAGAACCCAUAGCAGAAGCAUGGCUACUAAAGAGAGCGGGUCUAGAUGACUCCCUAUCAGAAUCCUUCAGGAGAACGGAGAUAUUCAAAGAUAAGAGUGCCCGAGUGGAAGAAGAAAAGGUAGUUGAAGAAUGGCUGAAGAAACUUGCCUUAAUGUUACUGAACAGUGGGAGCAAAAGGUUCCUCAUGGCACUGUCAAACUGCAUAUCUGAUGGAAUCCCCAGUCUGAGUCGAUCGUGCCUCAUCACUGUAACAUGGAUGAGCAGCUCCCUCUCCCCUCUGCGUGGGUGCAACGAUUUCCAGCCUUUAGCGUGCUCCAUUCUUGCACCUAAGCUUCUAUAUAGCUUAAAUUAUGACAGAGUUUUGGAGGAGAGGGUGCUUGCUUCACUGUCACUGUUGAAUGUGGUGAGACAUCCAGAAUGCAUGGAGAAGGUUUUCCCACUGAAGAAAGAAACAAUCAAGUCAUUGCAAGAUCUUGCAGAAGUGACAUGGACUGCAAAGGAGCUCCUCUUUGCCUGCUGCAGAUGACAUGCAAGAUCAGAUUCUCAGUGAUCAAGAACUACAUACAACAUGUAUUUGAAGCAUUUAGUUGUGAGAGGUGUAGUCGGCUACUAUUGUACACAAUUAUUUUGUUGAUCUGUAAAGCCCUAUAGUUUCUUUCCCUCCUAAUAAACUUCGGUUUUCGCUGUUAAAGUCUGCAAAUGGCAUCGUUUCUUCAACUGUACAUUGUUCCUUCCCUGACAUGUUUCCAAGUGAAAAAUAUGCGUC